UGCCGGUCUUACAAUGAAUGAUCCUUCAACUUUCUAAUUCAGUGGUUUAAGAUGCUCAAAAUCAUGUCGACUUUGACGAUCCAUAACUAACUAACUUGUAUUUGGACACAUUUGAUGUAAAUUUUUAAGAUACAGACCAGCCCAAAUUCUGCACAAUGACCUUUUACGUUUUUUUAAGAAAAUCUUUUAGUUUUUGUCUGCUAUGUGUACGUAGAUCAACUGAGGUACCGACAGUUUGCCAAGUGUUCCCGGCAUGAAUGAACCAGUGAUAUCAUUCUAGUGUCUAGUAUGAUGUGAAGUUGAAAAUUGAACUACUUUAGGUGCUUGUCCUUUUCGUUAUUCAGUAGAAUACUCAAGUGAAAUGCUUUUGGUAACAGGGAAAGCUUCGUUGGACCUGGGUCCUUAGGAUAUCACUUCAGAAAUUAUGGAUCUAACGUACCUGUAGAAAUUGGAAUUGAUGAUACAGUUGAUAUAUAGUAAUUUGUUUCUUUGUGUUUAAUAGCGAGCUUUGUAUAUUAAGCAUUUUUGUAGAUACUUUGUUGGGUUUUUGUUUGUUUGUUUGUUUGUUUCUAUGUCUUUUUGUUGCAGGGAGGGGGCCCAUGAUUGUCUUUCGUCCUAUAAUAUUUGUAGAUGAUUAAGUGUGCAUAUAAUUUUUUCUCUUUUCAUCGUUAUCUUUGCUGCAAAUUGUUUUGUCUUCCUUUUCAACCAUUAUUUGUAAAGCUACCACUGAGGAGAAUAAAACUUCAUGUGAAAUUCCUUGCAUGGGGCAGUGUCAUUGAAAGAAUUAUGUUGUCUGUCUUGUUGGGUUUCAAUUUGCAGAUUAAAAGGAGAAACUUUCUGCAGGUCUUUUGGUUCACUGUGUAAGUUCGAAAUCUCGAUGACUGAAGGUCGAAAAUGUUACUGUUAAGAUAAAAAAUGUGAGAAUGGAACUAUACCGUUGCUAUCUCAUGAUAUUAAAUUUUAGUUCCUUCACUAGCAAACAGCCUUUGAUUUUGUGAAAUAAUGUUGUAGAGUUAACUAUAUGCAAGCAAGCAGCAGUAAUCUGCUCCAUUCAUUAUGGGCACAAGUAGGUAUAGAUCCUAUAACUUAAGAGACUGGGAAUUUGUUGUCAAUUUAGAAGACCUUAUUUAUGUGUAUGCGCGUAGAAGUCAAAUAAUAGUCUUUAAAAUGUUCACUAUUUAAUGUCCAUUUCAGGUAUCAAAACUCAUUAGCCAUUGACUCUUCUCAUCAUGGAUAUAGAUCUUAGGUUGCCUUCUGGUGAGCAUGACAAAGAUGAAGAAUCAAAUGCAAUUAAUAAUAUGUUGGAUGUGAAAGAAAAACUUCAUAAUGGAGUUAUUGGGAGUGGAAGUAUGGUUGAUACUACAGAGGGGAUGCACAUUGAAGAUGGUGGAGAUUUAAAUCCUCCUCUGUUAGACAUGGUAGUGUUUAAAGAGGACACAAAUUUGGAACCACUUCCUGGUAUGGAAUUUGAAUCACACAGUGAAGCAUAUUCCUUUUAUCAGGAAUAUGCUCGCUCUAUGGGAUUCAACACAGCAAUACAAAAUAGCCGCCGUUCAAAGACAUCAAGGGAAUUUAUUGAUGCAAAAUUUGCUUGUUCCCGUUAUGGUAUGAAGAGAGAGUAUGAUAAGUCCUUCAAUCGUCCACGUAUAAGGCAAACUAAACAAGAAAGUGAAAAUUCAACUGGUCGAAGAGCAUGUGCGAAGACAGACUGCAAAGCUAGCAUGCAUGUGAAGAGGAGGGCGGAUGGUAAAUGGGUUAUUCAUAGUUUUUUUAAGUUGCAUAACCACGAGCUUUUACCAGCUCAAGCUGUCAGUGAACAAACAAGAAAGAUGUAUGCUGCGAUGGCUAGGCAGUUUGCUGAAUACAAAAAUGUGGUAGGGCUGAAGAAUGACUCCAAGAAGCCCUUUGAUAAGGUCUGCAGUUUGGCUUUUGAAGCUGGCGAUGCAAGGGUUUUACUUGACUUCUUUACUCAGAUGCAGAAUUUGAACUCUAACUUCUUUUAUGCUGUAGAUAUUGGCGAAGAUCACCGGCUAAGGAAUUUAUUUUGGAUUGAUGCAAAAAGUAGGCAUGACUAUAUUUAUUUUAAUGAUGUGGUUUCUCUUGAUACUACCUACAUUAGAAAUAAAUAUAAGAUGCCCCUUGCUUUCUUUGUUGGGGUGAAUCAACAUUAUCAAUUUAUGUUGCUAGGAUGUGCUUUGCUAUCAGAUACAAGUCCAGCAACAUAUGCAUGGUUAUUACGUACAUGGUUGAAAGCAAUUGGUGGACAGGCUCCAAAAGUCGUUAUCACUGAUCAUGAUAAGGUACUGAAAUCACUUAUUCCAGAGGUGCUUCCAAAUGUGUAUCAUCACUUCACUUUGUGGCAUAUAUUAGGAAAACUUUCUGAAAACCUUGGUAAUGUAAUGAAACAACAUGAUAAUUUUAUGGCAAAAUUUGAAAAAUGCAUCUAUAGGUCAUGGACAAAGGAAGAGUUUGAUAAAAGGUGGUGGAAACUGGUUAACAGAUUUGAACUCAAGGAAAAUGAGUUGGUUCAGUCCUUAUGUGAAGAUCUAAGACACUGGGCGCCUACAUACAUGAAAGAUGUCUUUUUGGCUGGAAUGUCCACAGCACAACGAUCUGAAAGUGUAAACUCUUUCCUAGAUAAGUAUUUGCACAAGAAGACCACUGUACAAGAGUUUGUGAAACAGUAUGAUGCAGUUUUACAGGAUAGGUAUGAAGAGGAAGCAAAAGCUGAUUUUGAUACUUGGAACAAACAACCUACCUUAAAAUCUCCUUCACCAUUUGAGAAGAACGUUUCGGGGCUGUACACACAUGCAGUAUUUAAAAAAUUUCAAGUUGAGGUCUUAGGUGCUGUUGCUUGCCAUCCUAGGAGGGAAAAGCAAGAUGAUGAAAACAUUACCUAUCAAGUUCAAGAUCUUGAUAAGAAACUUGACUUCAUUGUUGUAUGGAAUGAACUGAAGUCGGAAGUUUCUUGUCUAUGCCGGUUAUAUGAAUCUAAAGGUUACCUUUGUAGACAUGCUAUGAUUGUUCUUCAAAUUUGUGAACUUUCUACUAUUCCACUUCAAUAUAUUUUAAAACGGUGGACAAAAGAUGCUAAGAGCCACCAAUUAAUGGGAGAAGAACCUGAGCCAGGACAAUCUCGGGUGCAUCGGUACAAUGAUCUAUGCCAACGAGCAUUGAGAUUGAUUGAAGAGGGAUCUUUGUACCGAGAGAGUUACAGUAUUGCAGUGCAUGCACUCGAUGAAACGCUUGGACAUUGUAUUGGUAUCAAUAGUUCUAACAGAACUGUUUUAGAAGCUGGUACAUCGGCAGCUCAAGGUCUACUCUGCAUUGAAGACGACAAUCAGAUUAGAAACAUAGGCAAGACAAACAAGAAAAAAAAUCCAACUAAGAAACGGAAGGUGAAUUUCGAGUCUGAUGUCAUGACUGUUGGAGCACAAGAUAGCUUGCAGCAGAUGGACAAAUUAAGCUCAAGAGCAGUAACCCUUGAUGGCUUUUUUGGCACACAGCCAAGUGUGCAAGGAAUGGUACAACUUAACUUAAUGGCACCAACCCGUGAUAAUUAUUAUGGAAAUCAACAGGCCAUCGGAGGGCUGGGGCAAUUAAACUCAAUAGCACCUAGCCAUGAUGGUUAUUAUGCUGAUCAACAGAGUAUCCAUGCACUGGGACACAUGGAUUUCUUCCGAACACCGACUGGUUUCACCUAUGGCAUACGGGAUGAUCCCAAUGUACGAACAACUCAGUUGCAUGAUGAUGCAUCAAGACAAACAUGAUUAACUUCCAAUCUUAGUGAAGGUGCUUCACUAGUGGAUAUUUGUAUUUAGCCAUAAAAAUGAACUUAUCAUUUCCCAGGUGCAGGAAACAACACAUUCUUCUAGUGUCUGUAAAAAAAGUUAGUGGCUGGAGAUAUACCAAAUGUUGGUCCUCCUUAGGCGAUUGUAUCAUAAUAACAAGUAUGUAGCUCUCAUCAUUAUCAUUUAUUUUACAUGGUUCUUAUUCAAACAUGAUAGCGUAAUACCAACUCAGCCCAGAGUUAUCUGUAUGUUUGAUUCUUAGUAUGAAACAAGAUUUAAUUUUUAGAA